AUUAUUAUUGAUGCAAGGGUACCAUUUUGUUGUUAUUGUGAGACAAAAUAUCAUCAACAUGUUGAAAAUAUCGUGGACUUUGCUGAUUUUUAUUGUCAUGGUUGGUUGUGAAAACUUAACAUCCGAUAAUGAAGAUUACAAUGGUAUGGAAACUUUUUUGAAAUCAUUGGAAAGCUACAGUAAUUUAGACUCCUUAAAUCCUACCUCUGUAGUAUCUACAAAUUGUGAAGGUUUUACUCAAUGCAGAGUUAACCCAAAUGGCACGGCUUUAUGGGAUGUACGGGCAACUUUGUAUAGUGAUCACAUGAUGCAAGCCCACGUAAACGACGAAGCUAAACAAAAAAUCACCAUAGAUGGAUGUUUGAAAUAUUCCACGACCGUAGCCGAUUAUAAUACUUGUAUGAUAUCAGUGAGAUUAUCUAUGUUCAUAUCGUUGAUGACAAAUUUCAAUCCGCGAUUUCGUAGUUUAAUUGAAGCUGACGAGUGUAGCUUAGCUAGUACUAAUUGUAUUGUUGAGUAAAAAUAUGAGAGCCAUAUCACCAGGCUGAUGAUAUAUUGGUGUUUUUUUAGAAAUCUUUUCCGUUUCUAUACUUUAUAUAACUUAAAAAUCAUAUGUCAAUCAAGUUAGAACUGUAAAGGCAUUGAGCCUCGCAUUUAUCUUGACCUUCUGUUUAUUGUGGUUCAAAUUUCGUCUGUACUAAAAAUUAUUGUCUGUGAUUAUAUACUUUUACUUACCUAUAUGUAUAUUUAGCUUUAUCUAUAACAAGGGGAAGUUUCCCUAUAUUUGAAUUUCAUGGCUUUAUUAUUUAUCAGCUGUAUGAACCAAAAUAAAAAUACCCUUGCUUUCAGUUGGCUUUAAAAAUUACUAUUUUAUUAAUAAAUUAUGUUUGAAAAUUACUGUUUGCAUGCCACAUAUCUAAACCUACU